AUUGUAGGCCAAGACGUGUCAGUAUGGAUAGUAGGUUCAUCCUUGAUAAGAAAUGCAUUUGUGCACGCAAGAAGUAGAACAGGUGGUGUUCAUUUAGGUCUCCAAAGAAUAGAAGUUAAUAUUUGGUGGCAAGGGUAUGGUGGGAUGGUUUUGAAAGAUUUAGAAUCGACUAUCAAAAAACUGCUGAAAUAUGAAAAAACCCCGAAAUAUGUUGUCAUACAUAUUGCAGGCAAUGAUUUGGGGAAGACGAAAGAAGGUUAUUUUAGAAAUGAAAUUAAGGCCACCUAUGACCCUAGGCUGCUAAAAGAGAUCGCUGAAUCAUUGCGUUACUCAGAGAGUCAUGAUUGCAUGAUGACAUGCAGACUUAGGAUUAAUAGUGCCAUAGCAUCAUUCGUGUUAAAGAAUGGGGGACAUUAUAUAAAGUAUCCAGAUAUAUUUCCUACUAAUACGUUUUUAAAGGAAGAUGGCGUUCAUUUGACAGAUCUAGGAUAUGACAUAUUUCUGAAUACUUUGCAAGGUGCACUUGAAAUGUUUAUUUGUUCUGGUUCUUCGACAUAUCCAGAUAAAUUUGGUAGUAUGUAUAUAUCUUAAUUAUCUUUAAACCAGUAUUGGUCCA